AUCAUCAUAGCUGUCUCAGAGCCAAACAAGACAGAGCCACCACGCGCCUCCCCUCCCGGCACGCACGCACCAAGCAGAGCAGAGCAGCCGCCGGCGAAGAGCAGAGGAAGGCGGCGAUGGGGAACAGCCUGCGGUGCUGCCUGGCGUGCAUGCUCCCCUGCGGCGCGCUGGACGUCGUCCGCGUGGUGCACCUCAGCGGCCACGUCGACGAGUUCACCUGCCCGCUCAUCGCCUCCGACGUGCUGGCCGCGCACCCCAGCCACGCGCUCACCGCCGCGGGCUCCGCCGGCGCCGCCAGGAGGAUCGUCAUCGUGUCGCCCGACUCCGAGCUCAGGCGCGGCCGCAUCUACUUCCUCAUCCCCACGGCGUGCUCCGCGCCGGCGGCCGAGCUGAAGCGGCCCAAGCAGCAGCAGCAGCAGCAGGGCCACGGCGAGUGCCAGUCCAAGACGAAGAGGCGCCACGGCCACGGCCACCGCAAGGGCGGCGCGGCGGUGGCCGCCGCGGCGAGCACGGCGGAGCAGGACAACUACCUGCGGGAGCUCCUGUCGGAGAAGCGGGAGUCGGACCACCGGCGGCGGCGCAGCAGCAGCGCCCGCGCCGGCGUGUGGCGGCCGCGGCUCGAGAGCAUAGCGGAGGAGCCCUCCGACUAGCAACUAGACUGAUUUUCCACUUCUUUUGCCUCUCUUCUUCCGCCUUCGUUUUCGAUCUUCCGCUGUGAAUAUGAUUGAUCGAUUGCUGAGGAGCCAUUUUGACUCUCCGUCAAGCUUAAUCUCCUUAAUCCUUAUGGAAAGUGUGAGGAUGCUCAUUCAUUUUGGCUCGGAAGUCGAUUGGGAAAUUGAAAAAAAUGAAAAGAUCGCAAGAUCUAAAGUUUGUACAAACAGACUGUGGACUGGGCUCGUUGAUUUGUUUAUUCCCG